AUGGGGCUGUUGGGAAGUUUUGUGUGGGUGCAGAACUAUGGGAAGAAGCAAUGCAGAAGGCUGUUCUGGAAAAUGAGAGCAGCAACAAUAAAGGCAGUCAAGAACAGAGGCAAACAGCAAGUCAAGUUCCAGUAUGAUCCUUCCAGUUAUGCUUUGAAUUUUGAUGAUGGUUCUCAACAAAUGGGAAGUGCUUUUCACCAGCCUAAAUUUCAGGACUAUCCAAAGAAUACUAUCUGGAUUUAUGUUAUCUGGGUGGAAAAUGGAAAUGGAGCCAUAGAAAUUAUGAGUUGUCAUCUGCCAAUAAUGUCUACACACAGCAUUUUUAAGGAGUAG